AUGGGGGAACAAGCAGAGAAGAAAACACCUGCCAUUGCAGCAAAGGAGACGGGUCCAGGUCCCGGUCGAUAUGGUCUCCCUCCCACUGUGGGAUUUGUGGGCCAUGACUACACAAAAUACUCCAGCCCAGCAUAUUCUUUUCAUGGUCGAUCAAGUCAUUCAGCUCAGCUUAACUCUAGUCCCGGCCCCUGCUAUUAUGUGGAUCCUAAUUUGACCCGUUAUGGCCACAGUGCUGGGCCUGCUUAUUCCAUGCUGGCACGAGGAAGGUCUGCAGAUAAGAAAUCAGUGAUUCCAGGUCCUGGCAAUUACAGUCCAGAAAGGUGCCCUGUUCCCACCCAUAGAAGACCUCCAUCCUAUUCCAUUGGCUCUCGAACUCGUUACCGCUCCAGCGACCAGGUUCCAGCUCCAAACAGAUACUCUCUGCCUCCAGUACUAGGCCCUCGUGUUCCAGGGAAGUCCUCUGCUCCAGCAUUCAGUAUGUCUGGGGUGAGCCACCAUGGUAGAUAUUGUGAGGAUUUGGCUCAAACACCAGGCCCGGCUCACUAUCAUCAAACUGAUCUUAAUAGUAUUAUGAAGAAAGGGCCUUCUUUCUCUAUGCUGGCUAGACCCACAAAGGCCAAGAUAGUGCAAGUUACCCCAGGGCCAGGAGCUCAUAGCCCUGAAAAGGCGUCAAGCCAUAAAAGCCGUGCUCCUGCAUUCUCAAUGGGGAUUCGACACUCUGAAUACACUACACCACUCAUAAUAGAUGUUUCUAUGUGAAAGAACAGUGCAUCUUGUCUA